UUGUUUGUUGUUGACUGUUGAUGGGUGAGGGAAGGGUUAGUCUUAUGCCUAAUGUCUGACGUGUGUGCGUCUGAGAUGAGGCGGCAUUGUGCAAGUUUAGGUUAUGUUUGGUUUUAAUUAUGAUUUCUGUGUUUAUUUUUAGCAGUAAAUUCACUCCAAUAACAAUAGAUCAUGCCGAAAACUGAACUUUAUAAUGAGUGUUAUUGAUUAUGAGACGAUUUUUAUACCAUUUAUUUGCAAUAAGUAACUAUCCAUUGUGUGUUAUUGUACUGAACAGAGAAAGGUUGACUAGGCUAUUGAGAUGGCGUUCAAUUAUAUAGUAUCUCCUAAAGUGUUCAAAGCACUACAAACUGUUGAUAUCAAUGAACUUUCAAAAUUUACAACCAAGGAAAUACGACCCAUUUUACCUUGUUUAGUAAGAAUGAGUUUAAUAUCACCCUUGGAUUCAACAAAAGAAUGUGCAGAGGGUAGAAAAGUUAUUUUGACACUGCUCUCAGGAAUUGAAUGGGUCAAUACUAUAGUUGCAUUAUUAUCUAUAGAUUUUCAUGGACUUGAGUUGGAUGUGAAAAAAGAACAGAUGUUGAGGCAAAAACAAGGCAGCGCAGUAACCGACAGUGCACUGGUGCAGGUACAAGAAGAUGGAUUUAUAGAGUUUGAACGUACAGAUUCCACCCGAAGACUUCGCCUCGUCUUGUAUGAAAUCCUCAUGAUACAGUAUCAGAGGGGAAGCACCGGCGAAUCAUUCUUGAAGCAGUCGGACAUCUUUGACAACUCCGUGUACAUACCAGAGAUAUGUGAUGUCAUCAACAUUGCCCUUGCAGAGCUGCCGGCUCUCCUGUCAGUCCAAGACAUGGCAGAGACUUUACUCAGGGUGAAGCACGGGCCAGAGAUCAUAUGUUGGAUGGUAGCCAACGCUCCUGAUACUUUCAACGAAGUUACCACAAGCCUCAUAACCAACGCGGACACGCGAGAUGAGGACAACGGAGGGAGUAGAAUACGGGCACAGACCCUCAACAUGCUGUGCCAAAUGAAUCCAUCCCAAGCACUUGCCGUUCGUGCUAAAUGUGUCGAGAUGUGUCGUAUGCCCGCCUUGGCUGUCACGCUGACCUUGGAGCAUGCUGGGCGUGGCCAGAGAUUUGAUGGCAAGAGUGGUGAUGUGGUUGCGUUCGUUUCUGGCCUCCUGCUCGGCAACGAUCAGCAAGUGCGCAACUGGUUUGCAUCGUUUGUGCGCAGCCGGCAAAAGCAGCGACAUAGGGAGAGCAGUGCGACUAUGCAAGCAUUGCGCGAUGAGUUGAUACAUCACCUACAGGCUAUGACACUGUUCUCAGUAGACAACCGACUGCCAGACAGCUGUGUGGUGCAGGCAUCAGCUCUGCUGCGGCUCUACUGUGCUCUCCGGGGCAUCGCUGGCACCAAGUUCCAGGAAGAGGAGAUCUCCCUGAUAGUGCAGCUGGUGACGUCUCACCCACCCCCCUCCCCAGCAGGGGUCAGGUUCGUUUCGCUCGGCCUCUGCAUGCUCAUCGCUUGUCCGUCGCUCAUCGCAGUACACGAGCAUGAGAGCAAGUGUAUAGAGUGGGUACGCUGGCUCGUCCGGGAGGAAGCCUACUUUGAGAGUGCCAGCGGUGUGACGGCAUCGUUCGGUGAAAUGCUGCUUCUGAUGGCUAUUCACUUCCAUAGCAAUCAGUUGAGCGCAAUAUUUGAACUAGUAUCAUCCACUCUGGGCAUGAAGGUGCCGAUACGACACAACAACAUGACCCGCAUGAAGCAGAUCUUCACGCAGGAGAUCUUCACUGAACAGGUGGUAACGUCACAUGCAGUCAAGGUCCCUGUCACAGUGAAUCUGAGUGCUGACAUCACAGGGUUCCUGCCUGUCCACUGUAUACACCAGCUGCUCAAGAGCAGGGCGUUUACCAAACACAAAGUUCCCAUCAAGGACUGGAUAUACAGACAGAUAUGCUCCAGUGAACCUCCACUACAUCCCGUGCUGCCGGCCUUAGUGGAGGUUUAUGUCAACUCCAUCCUGGUGCCCAGCGCCAAGGCUCCCCUGGAGAACAACAACCAGCCCAUCGACGUAGAGGAGAUCCGGAGUGUCUUCCGCAACACACUGACACACGGGUCGGAAAAGCAAGGCAAGACAGCAUCUCUGACAGCCCAACUGUUGCUACUCUACUACCUACUACGUUACGAGGAUGUCCGCAUGAACCUACAAAUGGGCGGUGGGGACAAGGUCAAGAGCUAUUCCACAGAGUUUCUGUCAGAGCUGCCCAUCAAGUAUCUCCUGCAGCAGGCCCAACGCAACCAGCAGAGCUAUGCAGGUUUGUUCUCCCCGUUGUUGCGGCUGUUGGCUACUCAUUUUCCACACUUGUCUUUGGUCGACGAUUGGAUUGAAGAGGAACAACAUCCGAGCUCCAGAGAGGAGACUACUGCGCCCACUCCAGCCGCCAUCGUUGAAGGUCUGAGCGCCAUGUCCAGCUGUCCAUCGCACACAGGCAAGUUACUCAAGAAACUCUUGGAAAUGCCGGCCACACAGCUGUGGCCACACGUCAUCACACUCGUCAAACACUUCCGGAACACUCUGGACCCUAGUGUGCCCAGCUAUGUGCAGGAGCUGUACAGACAAGUGUGGCUAAAGCUGAACACUGUGCUGCCUCGGUGCCUGUGGGUGCUCACUAUUUGUGCGUUCAUGUACGAGAAGCCACUUCUGCCGAGGUUGACGAUAACGCAGAACAUUGUCCUGGAUCCGCUGCAAGUCCUGCGCUGGGACGCUAGAGCAUUCAGGUCUGCCGCAGUACUGAAAGUGCUGUUGAGGGUACUUCAGGCGUCGCUGGCGGCCUCGCGGAACCAGCUGGUGAGGCACCAGCGGGACACGACUGCGGUGGACUGCAGAGUGACUGAGACUGAGAGGGAGGAGCUGCGUACUGCGCUCGUGGCUGCGCAGGACAGCUGCGUACUGCAGAUUCUACUAGAGGCGUGUUUGGAGUCCUCAGAGGACAGGGAGACUCCUGGACAAUUGUGGGCCCUGAGGGAAGUGCGAAGUAUCAUCUGUUCCUACCUCCAUCAGGUGUUCAUCUCUGAGCCUUCGCUGGCAAAACUGAUCCACUUCCAGGGUUAUCCCAGGGAACUGUUACCAGUUACGGUGAAAGGUAUUCCCUCAAUGCACAUCUGUUUGGACUUUAUUCCCGAGCUGCUCAGCCAGCCGUCGUUGGAGAAGCAGGUGUUUGCCGUGGACUUGGUGUCGCAUCUCUCGCUGCACUAUGCACUGCCAAAGUCCAUGAGUGUAGCUCGACUGGCCAUCAACACCCUGUCCACUCUUGUCACAGUGCUGUCAUCAGAAAACCGUGCUGAAUUGUUUGUGCCGACGUUGCCGGCACUGGUGAGAAUCUGCGAGGCGUUUCCACCAUUGGUAGAGGACGUAGUGAGUCUACUGACACAGGUGGGCAAGGUGUGCCUGGCCGAGGCAUGCUCGCAUGGCAACUACAAGCCUGCCAACCUCAUGCACUGGCAAGCGGUCGCAUCCGACCAGACGUCCGACCACAUUCUGGUCGGAGAAAUACAGCGCACUUUUGUCAGCAUUCUCAGAUAUGCCAUCCUCAAAGUGAAAGUCUAUUAAAAUUAGUCUCAUUGUCUUCAAUGUCAAAACUGUGAUGAUUUUUGUUUGUUAAUACAGCAUGUUGGAUUGAUCAAAACAAUCUUAAAGAAAUCUAUUUGCAAUCCGAUACGGAUUUUUUAUUAGUAAUUAUUUUAUUAGAUCAAUAUUUGUACCUUGAGAUGGAGCUUUGUAAUCAUUUAUCAAAGUUUUAUUUGUAUUUAUUAUAAAUGUAAAUAACGCAAGUAUUUUACUGAUUUUGUAUUUAUGUAUAGUGUAAAAUAUAUGUAUAAAUAAAGUUUUAGUGG